UUUCAGGAAAAUUCUAUGGCCAACAGGAAGUCCUGUAGCUUUCAGCUUCGACCCGGCGGCCGCCCUUGAGAGACGCCAUGGCCGCCACCGUUACUCGGGGCCGCCUCCGCGCUCUCCUCCGCCAGGUCGCCUGGCCGUUGGCACCGGGAGACGGCAGCCGCCGCCUCGCUUCAGAUCUGCCCAGACAUCUGCUUCCAGGGCCAUACCCCAAGACUCCAGAAGAGCAGGCAGCUGCUGCAAAGAAAUACAACCUGACACUGGAGGACUAUAAGACAUAUGCAGAUGAUGGCCUGGGUUAUGGUGACUAUCCCAAACUCCCAGAUCAAUCCGCACAGGAAAGAGAUCCAUGGUAUCAGUGGGAUUACCCUGAACUGAGGCGUAAUUUUGGAGAACCGUUGCACCAGAGCUUCGAUUUGUUUGUACGGUCACGGGUUGAUACGUCCCCAACUCAAGUUUCCUGGCAUAUCAUGAAGAGAUAUUUUUGGGGGUUUAUUGGAAUCAUGGUAGGCAUGGCUCUUGUUGGUGAAAUGUUUCCAAUAUACCAACCUGUGGGACCAAAGCAGUUUCCUUAUGAUGAUAUAUAUUUCGAGAACAGAUCAGACCCCAAUAUUAAACCACUGUCAGUGAAGCAUUAUGAGAUAUAAACGUCUCCGGAGUUUGGUUUGACCUUUGGUAGACCUAUAUUUUACCUAAUUCUUGUUUUUGUAAGAUCUUGUAAGAUCAUCAUGGAAAAGCAAUGAUGCUUCUUUCCAGGUGUAACCUGUAUCCUAUCACUUUGUUCAUAAAGAAAGGAGAAACAUUGCAGAAUGUUGCAUCAAUAUGCAUUGGGCAUGAGAAGUCUGAAUGGCAUAAGGAAAAGAAAAAUAAAUGUAAUGAUAUACCAAUGUA